UAUGAAUCAUUAAAAUAUAUUGAAAUUUUAUGAUGUCUUUGAAAAUAAGGCUCAAAUUUAUUUAAUCACUUAAUUAUGCAGAGGUGGCAACCUUGAAUAAGGAAUUAAAAAACUAGAAGAACCAUUACCAUUUUAAACUGUGAAAGUGAAUUUUCGACAAAUUGUAAAAGGAAUCAAAUAUAUUGAUGAUAUAGGUACUAAAAUAAAGGAAAGAGAGGUUUGAUGCAUAGAGACAUAAAACCAGGGAAUAUCCUUUUUAGAAAGUCUGUCUCCCUUAAGUAGUUCGGUUUAUCAGUUUAAGAUGGCCCAUUAAUUAGUGAUUUUGGAGUAUCCUCUACAAUAUAGAAAUAACUUAAUGUUUAUUAAUUUUGUGGGUCCUAUGGAUAUAUGGCACCAGAAAUAUUUAUUUGUGAGGAGGACAAAUCAAAAUCAUAUAAUGAGAAAUGUGAUGUUUUUAGUUUAGGUUACUUACUUUAUGAAUUGUAUAAGAAAUUAAUUUAAUUAGAACUACUACUAAACCUCUCUUUUCAGGCAAUAAUGUAAAGUAAUUAAAUAAAGAAUGCAAUAUAAAUAUCAAUAAAUUAUUGGAAGAUUGUUUCGGAAAUUGAUAAUGUAAAUGAUUAUGAUAAGACUUUAUAGUAGUAAAUCUGUUAAUGAAAAUGUUGAAUCCCAAUCCAGAUUAAAGAAUUUCGUGUUCGGAAGUGUUAAAUCAUCCAGUUAUCUAAGUAGAAUAUGAUGAAUAAGGAUGUCCAUUAUUCAAGGAUUAUAAGUAACCUGUUGCUUUAUCAAUACAAAAACCAAGAUUAUCAAUAAAAUCAAAAAGCAAUGCUAUUUUAACAUAAACUUCUAGAAAGAAUGAAACUCAAUCAUUUAAAAGAUUAUCCUAAUUACUACCACCCAUAAAAAGAUUAAGCACGGAAGUGCAUAAUUGA